CUAGUAUUGAAAUAAAUGUCGCCGGCUCUGGCCCCUGGGAUACAAUUAACUGUAGUCGCUGGUGUCGCUAACCUGACGUUUCUCAGAACCGAGUCGCCAAUAAUCAGAGUUUGUUUAUCAGCGGGUGCCUCGCUGAGAGGAGCGAAUCUAUUUGAAACGUGAGCUGGUGGCUCUUUAAUCGUGGGCUUUUUAAGUCUAGCACUAUGCCCCCUCCGGGUUGUCACCCAGCUGCCCUGGGCUCCCGGCUGCACGGGACUAGUCUGGGGACUGCUCGUUAAGGCUAAGCUACGUGCUAAACAACGUGGCUCCGCGGCUAUUGGGAGCCGGCUAACUACAGCUAACGGAGUUUCUAAGCUGCUGAGCCGAGCUUCUGAAAGUCGCUAAGCCGAGCCUCCAUCGCUAUCAACACACUACAUUUAUUACAUGUACCACUACUGUUAAGGGAGGCAGAGGAGUAAGUAAACAUUAGACACUCGGAGCAAGAGAGAGCAGUGGAGCAACAGGGAGAGAGAGAGAAGACAUCGCUGCUGCGAGGGUGAGCUCAGACAGAACACAGAAUCACUAAGCACGAUAGAGUAAGGGUUGGUAUGUGCGAGUGUUUAACUACAGACCGGUGAUUUUAGCCGUAGUGCUACAGAGAAACAGUUGUGUUUUAGCAGCGGAGCUAAUUCGCAGAGCGACCACCACCAGUGGCAAGAAAACAGGAAAUGACGCAGUACGCUUACCGUAAUGACGUCAGUUGUACAUUAGGAAUACAUUAUUCCUUUUUUACAGACUUGCCCUUCAAUUUGAAGUAAAAAUACAUAAUUUACAUGAACAGAUACGCCAUGAAGAUAAAAAUAAUCAAAUGAGAGACUAUAACUAAAAUAUAGUUGUGUUUUCGUUAUUUUUAGGCGCUCUGACUAUCUAUACCGCUUUACCGUAUGAGGCAUUAGUAGACAUGCAACAAAAACCCGAGUGGUGGCUGGCUUUCCACAUGACGGCUCACUUUUCUGCAGUGGCAUAACUGGACGCGCAAAAAAAAAACGAGUUGCGGCUGGCUUUAAACAUGACGGCUCACUUUACUGCAGUCAAAUAUCUGUUAGUGUGCGCUUACCACUUUGAAUCCGACUGUUUUAUCAACUGGGGACAAUAUAACGCCGGAUUCUCGAACAGGUUGUUAUUUAAAGAAGGGUCUGUGCCAUCUUUCCAUCGCAAUACUGAAGACAAGGGAAAUGCAAGCACAUCUGUUCACGGUGCUAGGGUACAUCACGUAGCAUGCCAGACGGACCCACCAAAGAUGCGCACAUUUGGCACGCAGCUUUCUAUGAAAACACUGGGACCUCACUACAAAAGUACAGGCACCCAGAAAACUGUGCCCUGCACUGAUGUCGGUGUUGGGACCUCAAAUGUAAGAGACCUCGCUUGGAGGAGGGAGAGGAAAACCAAUGUUGUUCAAGUAUGGACUUCGGAAAGCCACUGGAUGCUACCUAUGAUCCUGAUGACUCGGUCACAGUCUUGACUGAGUCAGCAGAUGUGACAAUGGAAUCUUCCAACCCUGUUCAUAAGACACCCACAUAUAUUGUCUAUGAAAACUGCCUCCUGGAGCUGUUUGAGGUGUCUCCGGUGUGUCGGCGGGGGACAGAUGUGCAAACAAGAAGGGUUGGGACAUUCCUCUCUGUAGAACAAAAGUGCCCACACUGACAUUGUGCGAAGUUACACGGUGAUGGACCUAAGGACCAACACUAUUAUUGAUCUGCAGUUGGUUCAGGACUGUCCAAGAAACUGGUCAAGAUUUCCCAGGACAAAGAACGUGUGAAACUGAAGAAGUGGCUUCGCAGCAUAAAAAAACACAUCUACUGGACAGCCGCUAUGUCAACAUCAGGGCCAGAGAGAGUGGCAAAGUGGACCUCCAUCCUUAACCAUGUCCAAGACAUCCACUCCCAUGAAGACCCUGUUUUCCCCUAGUGUUUGCAUCCGCAACACACUUCUAGGGACAAGAGCAAAUGGUUGACAGCAGGGACACCAGCCUUCCGCAGAUUAGAGAAGAUUACUUGGAUAACCUGUUGGACCUCAUCUUUCACAAGGUUUUUCAGAACCCGGUCCCAUAUGUGAAUGAGGUGCUGAAGAUCUCAAUACCCGAGGAUCUCUCUGCCAAGGCUCCAGCGCUACCAUACCUUUACCAGCAACAGACUUUGCUCCAGUGACCUGUCUGUCAAAUGACUACCAAGGAAGACAGCAGAUUUCCAAAGAAGUGAAAGUGAGCUCAUCAGUCAAGGGAAUGAAAAUGACAGACUGCAAGAAAGUCCACCGUGUCAAAGAAGAACCCUGUUUAUCUGGAGGAAGAUGAGGCUCUUGAAGAGGCAAUUCAGCGUAAUCUACUAGAAGAGUGUGAUGGACCUGCUGUCAAUAUUUUAAAGUCAUCUAAAAUGCUGAGCAAAGAAGAAAUUGCAGGCCUUCUACAAGCUCACAGUGAGAGAGUUAUUACAUCGGGAACAAGACAGAUCUAUAUCAGUCGAGCCAAUGUUUGAACCACAGCCUUACGUGUGUUUAAGAGAACCAGUUUUGCAGAAAGCUGUGACAUGCUCUUUGUCACAUUUGCAAGCGAUGAACAUGAUGCUGAGGAAGAUGCUGCUGACCUUGGAGGUCCCAGACGAGAGUUUUUCCGAUUACUGGUGAAGGCUAUCUUCCAAGACAGUGGAGCUUUUGAAGGCACACCAAAUGGAUGCACACCAAGACUGAACAUUCUCCACUUGCAAAAUGGACUGUAUCGAACCAUUGGCAGGAUGAUGUCUACAAUAAUAAUACAAGGGGGUGAACAACCUGCAUUUCUGUCCCCGAGUGUAGUGGACUACAUUGUGUCUGGGGACAUCCUUCAAGUUCAUGUGACACCUGAUAAUAUAGGUGACCCUGAUUUAAGGGAGAACCUCAAAAAGGUUCAACAGGCAACCUUGCAGGACGAUUUGGAGAAAGCAGUCAGCUGCUGUGACUCAUGGCGAUAUCAAGUUGAGGGUCUUCCACUCGUAGUCACCAUGGCCAACAGAUAUGUGUUAGUGAAAAAUGCAGUUCUAUACCAUACUGUUGUGCAACGGCAGAGCUGUCUUGAUCAACUCAUUGAUGGCUUGUCCCACUAUGGAGUUUUAUCACUCCUGAGAGAGAACCCCAGCUUGCGUGUGCUGUUUCACAUACCAGGAGAGGACAAAGGUCUAGCAGCUGAUUUUGUAGCUGGUAUUCUCAAACCAAGCUACUCUGUACUGGGGAGCAACAGAAGAGCUAGGGAGGAGCUGAUGGUGGUAAAAUGUAGGGAGUUUCUCCAAUGUGUUGAAAAUAAAGAGCUGAGGGACACAUAUGGGGACAGGACUCUAACCAAGGAUGAGGAGGCAUUCCUUAAGACUUUGAGCCCUGGUCACAUCCUGGCGUUUGCUACAGGGAGCAGCAAAGUCCCAGCCAUUGGUUUUCAUCCAACUCCUAAAUUAAUAUUUAUUAAUGAUGAAGACAGACAUCUUCCCACUGCACACACAUGUGCAAAUGAGCUUCACCUUUUUGUGAACGCAACAACAAUGGCUGAUGAUGAUGGAUUUAACCACUGCUUCCUAGUAGCACUAAUGAAUGGAUCGUUAUUUAGCACCAUUUAAACAAAUGUCAGGAUUUUACUCUUUAGUUUCGGAUAUGUGGUGCUAUUACUAUUUUUGGGGUCUACAACUGGACUAAAGUAUUGUUGUGUUUUGAGACAUUUAACAGCUACCAUUAAAAGUACAAGUAAAGGCUUCUUUUUUUUUUGCAUGCACAACUGGAGCAUAAAUGUGCUGUCCUAGUUUUAAUUUUUACUGUAAAUCUACUAAUUUGCUGAAAUCAGUUAAUUUGUAAAAGAACCCCUGCAGUGUAAUACACCAAUGUUUAGUGCAGGGCCCUCCAUGUUUGUCAAACCAGGCUGCUGUGGUGUUCUGUGUACCCUCUGCCCCUCUCAUGGUAACAACCCUAAAACUUUCCACUACAGUCCAGUAGUUGAUUGUGUCCAUGUGUAAGUGUAUUUCAUAGAGGACAUAGUUUGUUCAUAUUAUAAAGCAGUGGUUUCAAUUGCAGUACAUAAGAAAGCUGAAAAAUAAAGACUAUACGGUAGCUUCUGUUUUCCCAUCUUGCACCACAUUAUCUUGUGGUCAAAUGUUCUGUUAAGAGCUCCUUUGCAAUAAAAAUGCAACAUUAUGUGAACAAAUCUUUCACUUCCUGGUUUCUGUAAAGUUAAGCUGUACCUGAACAAGAGUUUUUGACUGUUCCAAAACUCUAUUCCUGUUUGUGGAUGUUAAUUACAGUGUUAAGUGUUUACUUCCAUGAGGACUGUAUCUGACCCUUCUUUAUACUGUAAGAUGUUGUACUGUAUGAUUGGAAGGAUAUGAAAUCAGUCAUCGGAGUAAUAAAUGACUUAAUGUACAUUUACUCAAGUAAGGUACUCAAGUAAAAAUUUGGAGUACUUUUCAGAUUACAUUUUUGAAUUCCCCUCCUCACCAUUGAAAGCCAUGUAUAUUCAGAUUUAUUGAUAUUGAAUAUUUUGUGAUAAACUGAAGAAUGUAUUUGUUCAUGUGUUGAAAAAAAUCUUUCUCCUAUUCCUACUCCUCCUCAAGCUCUUUACAAAAGUGUACAAGUACAAUGAGGCUCAUGUUAU